UUUCUUUCCGGAUCAAAGAGGAGGCGGGACUUCUAUCCCGGAAGUGGUCCACGUGCUUCCGCCGUGAUCUAUUUGAGCACCCGGCAAGUUUCUAAUAUUUGCUCGAAUUGGCGACGCAGGGGGCACUGUGUCUCGCACCAGACUGUGGACUAGAAGACCGGGAGAAGGUUCUCUGCACGGCGCUCGGCCGAGAUGGAUCCGCUCAGGGCCCAACAGCUGGCAGCGGAGCUGGAGGUGGAGAUGAUGGCGGACAUGUACAACCGAAUGACGAGUGCCUGCCAUCGGAAGUGCGUGCCUCCCCACUAUAAGGAAGCAGAACUGUCCAAGGGCGAAUCUGUAUGCUUGGACCGAUGUGUGUCCAAGUACCUGGACAUCCAUGAACGGAUGGGCAAAAAGUUGACAGAGUUAUCUAUGCAGGAUGAAGAGCUGAUGAAGAGGGUGCAGCAGAGCUCUGGUCCUGCUUGAGGCCCCAGACAGCAUACACCUGGGGUGCGCCUUGCUCCUCCCCACUUGUUUAAUAAAAAUACCCCGUAUUGGGUUUCAUGUGAAGACUGCCAGGCCUAGGCUCUCUCUGGAGCAUCUUCAGAAACCCUGAGUGUGGUAGAGCUGUCUUGUGGAAGGAAUAUUUGUUACACUGGUAUGUGACUCUGUGUGUGUGUGUGUGUGUGUGUGCGCACACGCG